UUCUCCCUAGAAUGAGGCUGAGUUUGGGCCUGGGUUUCAAGCAGGGGAAAGGACGCCUGGCGGUGACACAUAGCCAGCAGUGUUCCACGGGGCUCUUUGUGCCACAGAGCCCUCCGCUGGACCCUGAGAAGGUUAGAGAACUGCAGCGCUUCAUCAGUCUUUCCAAGAGACUCCUGGUGAUGACCGGGGCAGGCGUGUCUACCGAGUCGGGGAUCCCAGACUACAGGUCGGAGAAGGUGGGCCUUUAUGCUCGCACGGACCGCAGACCCAUCCAGCACCGGGACUUCAUUAGCAGCGCGCCCGUCCGCCAGCAGUACUGGGCCAGGAACUUCGUGGGCUGGCCUCGCUUCUCGUCCCACUUGCCCAACUCUGCACACCAGGCACUGAGCAGCUGGGAGCGGCACGGGAAGUUGUACUGGCUGGUGACGCAGAACGUGGACGCCUUGCACACCAAGGCAGGGAGCCAGCGCCUGACGGAGCUCCACGGCUGCAUGAACAGAGUCCUCUGUUUGGACUGUGGGGACCAGACCCCUCGAGGGCUGCUGCAGGAGCGCUUUGAGGUCCUGAACCCCACUUGGAGCGCCGAGGCCCACGGGCUGGCUCCUGAUGGCGAUAUCUUCCUCUCGGAAGAUCAGGUCCAGAGCUUUCAGGUGGCAUCUUGUGCUCGCUGCGGAGGCCCCCUGAAACCAGACGUCGUCUUCUUUGGGGACACAGUGCACCGCGACAAGGUGGACUUUGUGCGCAGGCGAGUCCAGGAGGCUGACUCUCUCCUGGUGGUGGGCUCCUCCUUGCAGGUGUACUCUGGCUACCGGUUUAUCAUCACUGCCCAGGAGAGGAAGCUGCCCAUCGCCAUCCUGAACAUCGGGCCUACGCGCUCAGACCAUUUGGCAUGUCUGAAACUGGACUCUCGCUGUGGGGAGCUGCUGCCUUUGAUAGACCCCCGCUGACCGGGCCUGCGGGUCCUGAGUCCGAAGCUGUGACCUCUACUGGAAUCCUGUUGUCACAGAUCCCAAAGGACUCCUUCCUCGGCAGCUGCUCCAAGGAAUGGAAGUGCAACCUAAGUGCAACCUGCAGAGGGCAGCAAACCAACAUCUCUGCCAGCCUGUCUCCACAGCACAGGGCUGGUUUCAGAACCAAUGAAGUUCAAGGUCUUCAGGCUGAUGAAAUUUGAUCUCCAAGAAAGACAUUUUUAAAACAGCACCUCAGGGCCCUUUUUAUCUCAUCAGGUAGAAGUGAUCUGAGAAGCACGUCAACCAGAAUGGUUUCUGGAUGGCUAACCUGAGGCAGGAUCUGAUUUUAAAUCCAAACAGUUAAGUGUCUCUACUGGAAGCAUUGAUGUACCUCUUUUUUUAAUAAGAUGAGCACUGUUUUUUUUUUUACUAAUCAAGGAAUAAAUGACUAAUUUUCCAAUAACAUGUGUGAACUGAGCUUAUCUUCUUUUUUUCUUUUUCCUUUUAAAAAACAUUUACUAACGAGAAAGAUAGAAGGAGAGAGACAGCAAGAACCAGGUAUCACUCUGGUUCAUG